AUGAGCAGUGAUGGUGAGAUGGCAAUCUUUGGACCGGCGGCUCCGUUCCUCCGGAAGUCUGAGCAAGAGCGGACGGAGGCUCAGAGUCGUCCGUUUGACGGCAAGAUAGCCUGUUUCGUCAGCGAUGACAAAGAGCUUUAUGUGAAGGCGGAGAUCACAGAGAGGGAGGGAGCGACUGUAACAGCGAAGACACAUGACGACAGGACGGUGACGGUCAAAGAAGAUCAGGUGUUUCCCAUGAAUCCUCCGAAGUUCGAUAAGAUCGAGGACAUGGUGAUGAUGACUCACCUUCAUGAACCUGCUGUCCUGUUUAACCUGAAGGAGAGAUACGCUGCUUGGAUGAUCUACACUUACUCCGGGCUCUUCUGUGUGACGGUGAAUCCCUACAAAUGGCUGCCGGUCUACAACCCCGAGGUGGUUCGAGCCUACAGAGGGAAGAAGAGGAUGGAGGUCCCUCCUCACAUUUUUGCUCUGUCUGAUAACGCCUACCAGUUCAUGCUAACCGAUCGAGAAAACCAGUCAAUUCUCAUCACUGGAGAAUCAGGUGCAGGAAAGACUGUCAACACGAAACGUGUCAUUCAGUAUUUUGCGACAAUCGCAGUUUCUCCAGACAAGAAGAAAGAGGCGAACGGUAAAAUGAAGGGGACUCUGGAGGAUCAAAUCAUCCAGGCGAACCCUCUGCUGGAGGCUUUCGGGAAUGCAAAGACGAUGAGGAACGAUAACUCGUCACGUUUUGGAAAAUUUAUUCGAAUCCACUUUGGUGCAACUGGUAAACUGGCCUCUGCAGACAUAGAAACGUAUCUGCUGGAGAAGUCGAGGGUGACAUUCCAGCUGUCAGCAGAGAGGAGUUAUCACAUUUUUUAUCAGCUCACCUGCAACAAAAAGCCAGAACUGAUUGAUCUUCUUCUGAUCACCACAAACCCAUAUGACUUUGCCUUCGUCAGCCAAGGAGAAAUCAGCGUGAAGAGCAUCGACGAUGCUGAGGAGCUGAUGGCCACCGACGAGGCUUUUGAUAUCCUGGGUUUCACCAAUGAAGAGAAACUCUCCAUCUACAAGCUGACAGGAGCAGUGAUGCAUUAUGGGAACAUGAAGUUUAAGCAGAAACAGCGAGAGGAACAGGCGGAGCCGGAUGGCACAGAGGUGGCUGAUAAAGCUGCGUACUUGAUGGGUCUGAACUCUGCUGAUCUGCUGAAAUCUCUGUGUUACCCCCGAGUCAAAGUUGGGAAUGAGUAUGUGACCAAAUCACAGAACGUGCAGCAGGUUUAUAACGCCAUCGGUGCUCUGGCUAAAUCCGUCUAUGAGAAGAUGUUCCUGUGGAUGGUUGUUCGUAUAAACCAGCAGCUCGAUACCAAACAGUCACGACAACAUUUCAUCGGUGUCCUCGACAUCGCAGGGUUUGAAAUCUUUGACUAUAACAGCAUGGAGCAGCUCUGCAUCAACUUUACAAAUGAGAAACUGCAACAGUUUUUCAACCACCACAUGUUCGUGCUGGAACAAGAGGAGUACAAGAAAGAGGGAAUCGACUGGGAGUUCAUUGACUUCGGGAUGGACUUAGCAGCCUGCAUCGAGCUCAUUGAGAAGCCGAUGGGGAUCUUCUCCAUCCUUGAAGAGGAGUGUAUGUUCCCAAAGUCUUCAGACACGUCCUUUAAGAACAAACUGUACGAUCAACACAUGGGGAAAAACAACUGCUUCCUGAAGCCAAAGGUCGUCAAAGGGAAACCUGAAGCUCACUUCACUCUGAUGCAUUACGCAGGGACAGUGGACUACAACAUCAGCGGCUGGCUGGAGAAGAACAAAGAUCCUCUCAAUGACACAGUGAUCCAGCUGUACCAGAAAUCCUCCGUCAAAAUACUGGCCAUGCUGUACGCCAGCUUCUCCGGCCCAGAGGCCGAAGCAGCAGCAGCAGCAGCAGCAGGAGGUGGAGCCAAAAAAGCCGCCAAGAAGAAAGGAGCGUCUUUCCAAACUGUAUCAGCGCUUUUCAGGGAGAAUCUGGGGAAGCUCAUGACAAACCUGAGAACGACUCAUCCUCACUUUGUGCGCUGUUUGAUCCCCAAUGAGACCAAAACUCCAGGUUCCAUGGACAACUUCCUGGUUAUCCAUCAACUGCGCUGUAACGGCGUCCUGGAGGGAAUCCGUAUCUGCAGGAAAGGAUUUCCCAGCAGGAUCCUCUAUGGGGAUUUCAAACAGAGAUACAGGAUCUUGAAUGCCAGCGCUGUCCCUGAGGGGAUGUUUAUGGACAACAAGAAAGCUGCGGAGAAACUCCUGGGCUCCAUUGACGUUGAUCACACGCAGUACAAGUUUGGACACACAAAGGUGUUCUUUAAAGCUGGUCUGCUCGGCGCUCUGGAGGAGAUGAGAGACGAGCGUUUGGCUCAGGUGGUGACGUCAACUCAGGCUCUGUGUCGAGCUUUCCUCGUCCGGGUCGAGUUUCAGAAGAUGAUGGCCAGAAAGGAGGCAAUCUACACCAUCCAAUAUAACUUCCGCUCCUUCAUGAACGUGAAACACUGGCCCUGGAUGAAGCUGUACUUCAAGCUCAAACCUCUGCUGAAGAGCGCAGAGGCUGAGAAAGAAAUGGCUCAAAUGAAGGUGGAUUUCUCCAAACUCAAAGAGGAUCUUGGCAAAUCUGAUCACAGACGCAGAGAGCUGGAGGAGAAGAUGGUGUCAAUAGUUCAAGAGAAGAACGACCUGCUGCUGCAAGUCCAGGCUGAGGCAGACAGUCUCCAGGAUGCAGAGGAGAGGUGUGAAGGUCUCAUUAAGAGUAAGAUCCAGCAAGAGGCCAAGCUGAAGGAGGUGAUGGAGCGUCUUGAGGACGAGGAGGAGGUGAACGCCGAGCUGACCGCCAAGAAGAGGAAGCUGGAGGACGAAAGCUCGGAGCUGAAGAGAGACAUCGAUGACUUAGAGCUUACGCUAGCUAAAGUGGAGAAGGAGAAACACGCCGUGGAAAACAAGGUGAAGAACCUGACGGAAGAACUCAUGAGUCAGGAUGAAAACCUCGGAAAACUGUCGAAGGAGAAGAAAGCUCUGCAGGAGGCUCAUCAGCAGACAUUGGACGACCUUCAGGCUGAGGAGGACAAACUGAACGCUGUGAGCAAAGCCAAGACCAAACUGGAGCAGCAGGUGGACCAGCUGGAAGCGUCUCUGGAACAAGAGAAGAAGAUCCGGAUGGAUCUGGAGCGAGCAAAGAGGAAGCUGGAGGGAGAUCUGAAACUGUCUCAGGAGUCCAUCAUGGAUCUGGAGAAUGAGAAGCAGCAGCUUGAUGAGAAGAUGAAGAAGAAAGACUUUGAGUGGUCCCAGCUGCAGUCCAAGCUAGAAGACGAACAAGCUCUGGGUGUUCAGCUUCAGAAGAAAAUCAAAGAGCUGCAGGCUCGUAUCGAGGAGCUGGAGGAGGAAAUCGAGGCUGAGCGUUCUGCUCGAGCUAAGGUGGAGAAGCAGAGGUGUGACCUCUCCAGAGAACUGGAGGAGGUGAGCGAACGGCUGGAGGAGGCAGGAGGAGCGACCACCGCUCAGGUGGAGAUGAACAAAAAACGGGAGGCGGAGUUUCAGAAACUCCGCAGAGAUCUGGAGGAGAGUUCGCUCCAACACGAGGCCACGACGGCUGCCCUGAGGAAGAAGCACGCCGAUAGCACAGCCGAGCUGGGAGAACAGCUGGAUAACAUCCAGAGAGUCCGACAGAAGCUGGAGAAAGAGAAGAGCGAGCUGAAGAUGGAGAUGGAUGACUUAGUCUCCAACAUGGAGAGCACGGCCAAGGCAAAGAUUAAUUUAGAGAAAAUGUGCCGCUCACUGGAGGACCAGCUGAACGAGGUGAAAACCAAAGAGGAAGAGCACGUGAGGCUCAUCAACGACCUGUCCAGUCAGAAAGCUCGACUUCAGACAGAAAACGCUGAAAUGUCUCGUCAGCUUGAGGAAAAAGAAUCUCUGAUGUCACAGUUAAGUCGAGGAAAGCAGGCGUUUGUUCAACAAAUCGAAGAGCUGAAGAGACUCCAUGAGGAGGAGGUGAAGGCUAAGAGUGCUCUAGCUCACGCUCUGCAAUCCUCUCGCCAUGACUGUGAGCUGCUUAGAGAGCAGUAUGAGGAAGAGCAGGAGGCCAAAGCUGAGCUUCAUCGCUGCCUCUCCAAGGCCAACAGUGAUGUGUCUCAGUGGAGGACCAAAUAUGAGACGGACGCCAUCCAACGCACCGAGGAGCUCGAGGAGGCAAAGAAGAAGCUGGCGUUGCGCCUGCAGGAAGCAGAGGAGGCAGUGGAGGCAGCGAACUCCAAGUGUUCGUCUCUGGAGAAGACCAAGCAGCGUCUGCAGGGGGAGGUGGAUGAUCUGAUGAUGGACGUGGAGAGAUCAAACGCUGCUGCUGCAGUUCUCGACAAGAAACAGAGAAACUUUGACAAGGUUCUGUCAGAGUGGAAGCAGAAGUACGAGGAGGGUCAGGCGGAGCUGGAGUCGUCUGGAAAAGAGGCUCGAGAAUUGGGAACGGAGAAUUUUAAGUUGAAGAACACCCUGGAAGAAUGUCUGGAACAUCUGGAGACGCUCAAACGGGAAAAUAAAAACCUGCAGCAGGAAAUCAUGGAUCUGACUGAGCAGCUGGGAGAAACUGGAAAAACCAUCCACGAGCUGGAGAAAUCGAAGAAACAGGCUGAGCAGGAGAAACUUGAGGCUCAGACAUCUCUGGAGGAGGCUGAGGCCUCUCUAGAGCACGGAGAGUCCAAGAUCCUGCGAGUCCAGCUGGAGCUGAACCAGGUGAAAUCUGAGGUCGACAAAAAGCUUUCAGAGAAAGAUGAAGAGAUGGAGCAGCUGAAGAGGAACAGUCAGAGAAUCACCGACACCUUGCAGAGUGCGCUGGACUCCGAGGUCCGCAGCAGGAAUGACGCUCUGAGAAUCAAGAAGAAGAUGGAGGGAGACCUGAACGAGAUGGAGAUCCAGCUGAGCCAUGCCAACAGACAGGCGGCCGAGUCCCAGAAACAGCUGAGGAACAUCCAUGGACAGCUCAAGGACCUGCAGAUUCAGCUGGAUGACGCCCUGAGGAGCAGCGAGGACAUGAAGGAGCAGGUGGCGCUGUCAGACAGGAGGAGUAACCUCAUGCAGGCGGAGAUAGAGGAGGUCCGAGGCGCUCUGGAGCAAACUGAGAGGAGCCGUAAGCUAGCAGAGCAGGAGCUACUGGAUGCUUGCGAGAGACUGCAGCUGCUGCACACACAGAACAGUAGUUUGCUGAACAGCCGCAAGAAGCUGGAGGCUGACCUGUCCAACGUUCAGGCUGAGAUGGAGGACAGUGUUCAGACAGCGAGGAACGCAGAGGAAAAAGCAAAGAAAGCUGUGACUGACGCGGCCAUGAUGGCUGAGGAGUUGAAGAAAGAGCAGGACACCUGUGCUCACCUGGAGAGGAUGAAGAAGAACUUGGAGGUGACCGUGAAGGACCUGCAGCACCGGCUCGAUGAGGCUGAAAACCUCGCCAUGAAGGGCGGGAAGAAGCAGAUGCAGAAACUGGAGACACGGGUUCGUGAGCUGGAGACUGAGCUGGAGACUGAGCAGAGACACGGAUCAGACUCUGUGAAAGGAGUUCGUAAGCUUGAGCGCAGGGUUAAAGAGCUCACCUAUCAGUCUGAUGAAGAUAAGAAGAACAUGAUGAGGCUGCAGGAGCUUGUGGACAAACUGCAGCUGAAGGUCAAAGUGUACAAGAGACAGGCUGAAGAGGCUGAGGAGCAGGCUAACGCUCACCUGUCAAAGCUGAGGAAGGUGCAGCACGAUCUGGAGGAGGCAGAGGAGCGAGCUGAUAUCGCCGAGUCUCAGAUCAACAAGAUGAAGGUGAAGAGUCGAGACCUGAACAAGAAUAAAGACAGUGGCGAGUAGUCUCUGGUCACCGUGAUGACAGUUCAUUGAGCUGUGUGUCUGUGAUAGUGAGCAGCAUACUCUUAACAUGUUUUAUUUCUGUAUUUAAAGCCAUGUUGUGCUUUUAAGUUAUUGUAUUUCAUGGAAGCGAUACAGUUAAAUCAAAGUCAUUCGGAUUAAACCAAGCAGUGAAAAGAUUAUAAAUGAGUCUUAUUUUAAAGUUGUCAUCAUUUAAGUCAUCAUAAAACUUUACCAAACUAAAUAAUUUAACAAAAAAUAAUCCUAAACAUAUAAAGGCUGAAGCCACAUUGAGAUUUAAUCAUUAUAUAAAACUGCAAAAGAUUGGAAUAAAACAUUACAACACUGACUGAGCUGAUUAAGCCCUGCCAACAACCUGAGGAUAACUCUUCCUGUCUCUCUUUGACUUUGUUGAUAAAGUUUUUCUUUUCUUGUAUCUGCUAAUUAUCAUAGAAAUGCUUCAGAGCUGCUGUUUGAUGAGAUGUUUGACAAAAAGCUUAACUGAGCUAAGCUAGCCUUUUCUGUUAUUUGUAGUGGAAUGAUGUGUCUAAAGCUUAGACAUGCAGCUUCAAUAAUAGGACUAAAGCUCACUCAUGUUAGGCCUGCGUUCAUGUUUAUUAGCUUGAAUAAUGAGGCUUAAGCUAACUUGUAUUAGGCCUCCCUAAAUCUUUGUUAAGGUGCAUUUUGCCCAAGAGUUCCGGGGUCUUUUAGCCCCCAGAACUACUUUACCCUGAACUAAAAGGUUCUGUGCCCCCCAGAGUCCCGGGUAGACACAAACUCUUUCACAUUAGCCAGUGUGAAAAGUCUUUGAACUUUGCAACUGUUAUUUUCUCAUUAAAAUCCCACAUAAUCUCUAUACAAGUGUGUAAUAUGUGACACUAACACAGGAGGGUGCUAAACAAGACGUUUCAAAUUCUUCACAUUGUGGCUUUAAAUCAGAAGUGAUGGUGAUCGUGUUGUUGUAGUUGAUGUAUGUUGCCUUAAUGUCAAUAAAAUAUGAAUUAAAACA